ACUACGAAAUAGAAGAGAGCCAGAGGAAGUGAACGAGAUGUCUAAUUUACAUCUGUUUCUCUUUCUCUCCUUCUCUUUUUCUUUUUCUUCAGCCAUCGAAAAUGACAUCUCAAAUCAGGAUCCAUUUCUUCAACCAAAUGACAUUGUGCUUCAGUUUCGAUCCAACGAUUCUGUGGACGAAAGGAUCAUUAAUCUAGAAGCGAAUUCUACCGUUAGAAUCCGGUCGACCAAUGUCCCAAAAACUGUGGCUUUUGCUGUGAUCCAAGCCCACUCUCAGGUCCACAGGAUCUCCAUGUCCCAAUCAAGAAAGUUUGAAAUUGGAAAUCAUGUCAAUGGCUCAUCUAUUGGUAUCUUGGUUGAAACAACUACAAGUAACUCUGGUGUUACGGCAUACCUUAUCAACACGCUGCCUGUAAAUAUCACUGUUUUGACAUUCAUCAUCUACUAUGACCGCAGGGCCCCAAUUCCUGGUGGAUGUAAUCUUGAGUUUGAGAUGCCAGUGUCGCCAUGGCUAAGGGUGUCAUACAACCAUAGCAUGGUGAAUGUUGAUCACGAACUGGCUGCAUUGCCGUCCAACCAGGGAGUCUUGCCGUGCGAAUCAGAGUCUUUGCAUUACGAAGUCUUUCAUUACUACCUCAGCCAACGUGAUUUUACCGAAGAUUCUUUUUUCGAUGCCAUACGUCUAUUAAGAACAGUCAACGGUGCCCAUGAAUACGGAAGGGAGAUUCGUUCCUUUGGUUUUACGCCAACAACCCGUUCACCGUUCAGUUUGUACCCAGGCGUGGGCCAAGUCUUUGUCGUCACUGUGACAUACACGGGGGAUGCUAGUCGUUUCGCCCCAACAGCUGCCUAUAUUCCGUCCUUUACGUACGGAUGCGAUCUGAGUGUAGAGGGCGAUUGUCAAACAUUGAAUUCAACGUACGCCAAGGUACUGUGCGCCCUGAGCAUCUUUAUUGGCUUGCUAAUCGCAUUUGCUGGCCAUCGCUACUUUCAAUUAGAAAUGAUUCUGGCUGGAUUCCUAGCCUUUUCGUCCGUUUCCUACAUUCUGUUGAUUAAUCAUUUUGAUCCAGAUGUCACAGGUUUGGCUGCUGGGACGUCAGUGAUGGGUCUUCUCGGUGGCCUGCUGUGGUGGUUCGUUUGGUGGUUCUGGGGCAUUCCAGCGCUGUCCGUCCUACCUGUUGUGUUCAUACUGGGAUUCUUAAUGUCGUCAGUUCUCUUCUAUCUGCCCAUCAGCUUCGAGUUCCUCACAAACGACUUCAAUUUUUGGUCGGCCUUUUGUUGUUGUUGGCUUGUAUUGCCCGUCGUUUUCGUAACGUUCACACGACUGGGUAAUAUCGUGAGCUGCGCUGUGAUAGGCAGCUAUGCUGUGAUAGUGCCGAUCGAUCACUACAUCGGUAGCAGUUUGAAGUACAUUGUGAUCAACGUUGUUCGACGCGCCACGGUGAAAGGAUUCGGACGCGCCGUUCUCGAUCCGCCCUAUCAGGAUAAUGAUAUGAUCUUGACCCUGGCAUGGAUCGGUUUGACUAUCAGUGGCGCCACUUUCCAGUACCUACGUGAACGUAGACGGCCACCGUUUUCACCGCCUGCCGACAUUUGGCGUCCAUUAAGAUGGACCCGACUAGGAGGAACGUCCACAAGAUCAGAGCACACUCCGCUGGUUAUGAAUUCCGCUGACGACCCCAGCCCUCAUUACGGCACUGCAUAGUCUCGUGUCUCUCCUUAAACAUUUUCAUUUCCCCCGCGUCUUUGUGGCUAGUACCACGUUGCCCUUUAUAACGUUGCCCGGCACUCAUCCACCUACCUCGUAAGUCGUUUCUCCUUCCCCCCAGUUGAAAGUCAUUCACUCGUCAAAUGUGCCACAGUUCGUCUACAUAUUUCUCUAUUCCUCCCCCCGAUUGUGGGAAAUCGUUUCGCCUUGUAAAACGCUUCGACGCAAAAGUUGGGCUUUUUUUAUUGGCCCCAUCCUCUACCUUAUAAUUCCGAGUCCUAGUUUUUCUUUUUCGUGGUGCGUUAUAGUUUUCGUAGAUUUGAAUGGUGGUCCUGUGCCUGUAACUGAACAAAUUCGAUUGACGGAAGACGUACUGUACAUUUCGCGCAUAUCCUUUGUAUUAUAAUACAGCUGUUGAAUGAA